AUGGCGGAACCAGAAGCUCCAGAAUUAUCAAUGGAGUCAUGCUCAGAUUUGCCUGUGUUACCUUCCUUUCAAGCAGGUGACAAAGAUGGCCUUGUUGCUCCAGGCUGCCUGACUCUUAAACACCCCCGCCACCCUGGGGAGUACUGCGGAGUUUCAGCAAAGGCUUGGGGGAGAGUCCUCAUUGACCUGGCCUGGAUGGCCUUUGCACUACUCACUAUGUCAGGACAAGUUGUUGUUCUGAUGAUCCAGGACUGGAGCUCUGCUGCCGCCGCCGCUGCCACUGCUACCGCCGCCACCACCGCCACCGCCACCCGCGCUGCAACCAGGCCACCCUACACCAUCAUCUACUUCCCUGUUCGAGGGCGCUGUGAGGCCAUGCACAUGCUGCUGGCUGACCAGGGCCAGAGCUGGAAGGAGGAGGUGGUGACCAUGGAGACCUGGAUGAACGGCUCACUCAAGGCCUCCUGUCUAUACGGGCAGCUCCCCAAGUUCCAGGAUGGAGACCUCACCCUGUACCAGUCCAAUGCCGUCCUGCGACACCUGGGCCGCUCCCUUGGGCUCUACGGGAAGGACCAGCAGGAGGCGGCCUUGCUGGAUGUAGUGAAUGAUGGUGUGGAGGAUCUCCGCUGCAAAUAUGCCCUCCUCAUCUACACUAAUUAUGAGGCAGGAAAGGAGGAGUAUGUGAAGGCACUACCAGGUUACCUGAAGCCUUUUGAAAUGCUGUUGUCCCAGAAUGAGGGGGGCCAGGCCUUCAUCGUGGGCAACCAGAUCUCCUUCGUGGACUACAACCUGCUGGACUUGCUGCUGAUUCACCAGGUCCUGGCCCCCAGCUGCCUAGACUCCUUCCCCCUGCUCUCGGCCUAUGUGGCGCACCUCAGCGCCAGACCCAAGCUCAAGGCAUUCCUGUUGUCCCCCGAGCACGUGAACCACCCCAUCAAUGGCAACAGGAAGCAGUGA